CAAACUUAAUCAAAAAUGCCAGCCAAAGUACAAACACCCACGCAAACACAAAUUGAUGAACUGCGAAAUUUAUUCAACAAAAAAUAUGAACAAAACCCACCAGAAGUGCCUUUCCAUUGGAACGAUCUCGAUCGAAUUCGCAAUGCAGACAGUAUUUGGCUAAGACGCUUUCUUGAAAUGUACGAUUUGGAAAUGCAAGUCGCCUUAAAUAAACUAUGGGAAACUUGUAUAUGGCGGCAGGAGUAUGGAGCUUACGAUUUAAAUGAAAAUAAUUUGGUUAAGGAAUAUCUGCACGAUGGCGUCGUAUUUGCGCACAACAAAGAUGUGGAUGGCAAGACAUUGCUCAUCUUUCGCACAAAGCUGCAUGUGAAGGGCACAAAGGACAUGGAUGAAGUAAUACGCGUUGUGGUCUAUUGGAUCGAACGCAUACAUCGCGAAACGAAUAUGGAUAAAAUGACGAUUUUCUUCGAUAUGGCCGGCACCGGUGUGUCCGGCAUGGAUCUGGACUUUGUUAAGCGAAUUAUUGAAACAUUCAAAAUGUACUAUCCGAAUACAUUAAAUUAUAUACUCGUUUUCGAAAUGGCUUGGAUGCUGAAUGCUGCGUUUAAAAUCAUAAAGGGUUUCCUACCAGCCAAAGCGCUGGAAAUUCUCAAAAUGAUAUCGAAAAAGGAUAUUACUCAGUACGUGGACAAAAAGAAUUGCCUUGCCAGCUGGGGAGGCAACGACCUUUAUGAGUUCAAAUUUGUGCCUGAAAAAGCGCAGAGGCCAACAGCAUUAACUGUGAUAAGUAAUGGAACACUGCCAAAGAAGGCACCACGCACGCCAGAAUCACCGAGCAACAAUGAAAAGAAGGUGCAUUUUGCCAACAACAACCGAAUGUACGCCGGAUCCGAAAUGCCAGAAUGUGAACGUGGUUAUCAAAGCCUGGACCCAGCAAGCGCUAUGCUGCGGAUUUCACCUAACGACAACAUAUACUUCAACCGGGGCGAGAACAGCGAAAGUGUAAUUGAUCUCACUUGUAUUGGAAAGCAGCCGAUUACCUACAAAAUUCAAACAACAGCACCAGAAAAAUUUCGGGUACGUCCUCGUUGCGGCUAUUUGGCACCGUCUGAGACAGUGUCAGUUAGCAUUAUGUUGAAGCAGGACUACCAUUUGGGUGAAUCGCCGAAAGAUAAAUUUCUCGUGAUGUGUAUGCCAGCACCUGUGGGUAUUGAGCCAUCACAGCAGAGCAUGAGCGAAGUGUGGAAGCUAAAGCCUCCUAGUGGCGGUGAUAUGGAGCAGCAUCGUCUAACCUGUAAUUACAGAGGCAGUGCAAGUGGUGCAAGUACACCCGGUCAAUGCGUCUGUGGGCAGGCUGGAGGGCGUAUUGGUGGCCCGGAUGAAGGGAUUGCAUCGGGAAAGGGUUCCAACACUAUUUUGGAUCUUUCUUCACACGCCAAGCUCCUGGAGAGCCAAUUAAGGUUUACACAAAUUCUGCAAUGCAUUACGCUCGUCUUUUUGUUGGCUCUGUGUGUAGCCGUUGUCUAUCUUUGGAAAACGCAAUUGAAUCGCAUGUCCGGAUGCAUCGGCGAGGAGGAAUGCAGCGCUGCAGUUGCAGGCAACUGUCCUGGGCGGAAUCUAUAAUAUUUACUUACAAAAUGCAAUUUGACCAAACAGCACCUACUGGCACCCACAGCCACAGCAGAUAGGUUGCGUAGACGAGGUCAUGGCAGCAGCAAUGCUCCCGACAGCGAAGUUGACUGUAGCGAUUUUGAAGAAGUUAUCGGCGGCGGUGAUGGUUUCGAUUACGAUGAAUCUACUCUUGAUAAGGGCGGUGUUGCGGGAGGUGGAUACCUGCUUGGUCUGAUCGCAUUUGCACGUAAAUUUGCGCGCAUUAUAAUCACGAUUUCGAUGCUCUUUUGUAUUAUAUUUAUCUCGUUUUAUUGCUGCUCCGAGCCGAGGGCAACAAUAACCGCACUGGCUCCGCCAAUUACACCUCCAUCCACAUCUAUAGAGGUACAUUUACGGACGCAGGCGCAUAGAAGAUGGCCAUCAAAUUGAUGAGUUUAUAUGUAAUUUAUUAUAUUUUAAAAUGCAUUAACUAUGAACAAAAGUAAUAUGGGCAAUAUAUGAAUUAUGUCUGUACAAAAUGAUUUUUAGGGAGAACAUAAAUUUGCCUAAGCAUAUUUGUAUACAUUGUUCACGUUGUGCAUUCUAGAGCAGGGAUGGCCAGAUUGUUUGCAGUCAACGAGACAGCAAGUGCUACGCAAGAGGUAAAUCGGUUUUCAGGGUAAACGGGGUGUACAAAAUACAUUAAAAACAUCAUAUAUAUUUGUAAUGAGAGUCGAAAUACAAGAAAUUUGAAUACGCUCUUAAUACCCCUUCAUGCUGGCUCUUGAUGUUACCCCACAUCUACCAUCUAAAUGUGCCAAGCCGGCUCCUAAGUUUAAAAGGCCACCUGGAAGCCACUUUGCCCAUCUCUGUUCUAGAGCAAACGAACAAAAUAAAAGCGCUGGCCAAUUGCAUAUUUAAAUUAUGAA